CAUUAUGUAGCGCACAAAAUAAAAUUGAGAGUUGUGCGUAUUUAUCAAGUAGCUAUUUAAAAUUUUCGUAUGAAGUUCAUUUAGGUUUGUAAUGGUGGAUGUUUGUGAAAAGUAAAAUAAACAUUGGUUAAUAUGACAAGAGAGAGCCGAUUAUGCAAACUUGAAGAUUGUUGUAUCUUCUUCGAAAAUGAUAAAAUUUUCAAUACAAAAGAAAUCUCGAAAACUUCAGAUAUUAUAUCAUAAUCGGCUAAACGUGCAAGAAUAAAUUUAUUAUCAUUUCAUAUUCGUCCUCAAUAAGUUUGAAGACUUUGCAGUUUUGGUGAAAAAAAAAGAAACAAAAAAAAAUUGUUUUCGUUAUUGUGGUGUUGUGUUUGAAUGGAAUUAAUAUUAUGGAUUCAAAAGCCCAAAGAAAAUCACGAGGAAGCAUAGAAAACUUAGAUUUUAGAUUUGGGUCGAGCUCAAGCCAAACAAGUCAGACAAGCGGAGAUUUUUGUAGAAUAUGCCAUGAGUCCGACAACAAUCUUCUCACGCCAUGCCUUUGUUCUGGAACUCUUCGUUUCGUCCAUCAAGCAUGCCUCACAAGUUGGCUUACAGCUUCAGAGACAAACGCUUGUGAACUUUGCAAAUUUCCAUUCAUCAUGCAAUCCAAAAUAAAGCCAUUUAAUGAGUGGCGAAGUCUUGAUAUGAGCGGCGUUGAACGUCGAAGAUUAUUUUGUGUUGUUUUAUUUCAUUUGGCAGCCGCUCUUUGUGUGAUUUGGAGUUUAUGUGUUUUAAUCGAGCGCUCUGCUGAAGAAAUCAGACAAGGUCGAAUUGGAUGGCCAUUUUGGACUAAAUUAGUCGUCGUCACUGUUGGAUUAACUGGCGGUAUUGUUUUUAUGUAUAUUCAAUGUAAACAAUACUUAAAUUUAUGUGCUCGAUGGAGAGCUCGAAAUAGAAUUCUUUUGAUUCAAAAUGCGCCCGAAAAGAAUCCCGUCAAUCAAGCAACAUCGCCUUUAACUUUCCAAAAUUCACAGCAGUCCUCAAACCAAACACUCCGUCGCAACAAUAGUUCAAUUCUUGUGAUAACAGCGCCUUUGAAUAUUGCGAACAUGGAACAAAAUAGCGAUCAACCACCGAUGGAAUAUCAACUACGUCAACAGUCACAAAUUGUCGCGAAUAUUGAGAGUAGUUCCAUUAAUUUCGAGCUUGACGAUGAUGGCUUCAGUCAAAUAUCAUUUAAACCUAAUUUACGUCAUGAAGAGGGCAAUUCAUCAAGAGGAAGUCUUCACAAUGUUUAUGAUAACACAUCGAUCUCUACAACAAACACAUCGGGGACUACACGAUAUCAUAUAAGUGGUGAUAAUGAAUCUUGUUCGUUGAAGGCAACUUCGGGAUUGUCGAAAGUUCAAGAAAUAGAAGAUAAUGAAAAACAUCGAAAAAGCGAACAUGACGAACGCAUACGAACUUCAAUGUUCAUUGAAAAUAGUGACAUAUUAAACGAUCAGAAUUAUCCAAAAUUAUAUUAUCGUCAUUCAACGAUCUUAUUGCCGACAACCGCAAAAACCUCUCGAGCUGUUCCAAAGACAUUGGAAAACAGCACACGACGAUAUUCUGAUACGAAACUUCUCAAUUCACUUCAAUUUGAAAAUGAACUUCUUGUUAAUAAGAAAUUUUCUCAGGAUGAUAUUCUUGGAUCACCGACAAAAAAUGACACACGUGAGGUUGAAGAUGACUUAACUCUUGAUCAAUUGCAGUCUCAUAUACAAAAUAUUCUCGACUUAGAUGUUACAACUGAGCACACGAGCAAGUCAAAAGAUCACGUUCUAGUGAACGACCAAGAACUACGCAGAAGAAAUGUCGAUAAAUUAAAUGCUGAUCUCAAUACUGACAAUAAGAGUCCUGCAGAUUCAGAAAAUGAACUGAAACUUGGAAGUGAUACAGCUGAUUCUGAUCAUGUUGAUUCAGAGGAAGAAAGAUUACCAGAAGAAAAGUAUGCAGAAGACAUGGCAAAGAAUUUACCACAGGGAACUGACAAGACACCUGAAGUGUUGGACUCUGCUUUAAAAGGUCUUCCCGAUAGAUGGAAAAAUUGGGUCAUUCGUGGUAUUUUCACCUUUAUUAUGAUCUCUGGAUUUUGUAUGAUGAUAGCUGGUGGUCCACUUGCUCUGAUGAUCACAACACUCGCUGUUCAAGUGAAAUGUUUCCAAGAAAUAAUUUCAAUUGGCUAUCAAGUUUAUCGUAUUCACGGCUUGCCAUGGUUCCGAAGUCUUUCAUGGUAUUUUCUUCUAACAUCAAAUUACUUCUUCUAUGGCGAGAAUCUCUUCGAUUACUUUGGUGUUCUCUUGAAUCGUGUUGAAACUUUACGCUUUCUGAUCACUUACCAUCGAUUUUUGUCGUUUUGCUUGUAUUGCAUUGGAUUCGUAUGGUUUGUGUUGUCGUUGGUGAAGAAAUAUUAUAUGAAACAGUUCAGUCUAUUCGCUUGGACACAUGUUGCUCUAUUGAUUGUCGUCACACAAAGCUAUUUAAUCAUACAGAACAUUUUUGAAGGAAUGAUUUGGUUCAUUGUUCCUGUGAUGAUGAUUGUGUGCAAUGAUGUGAUGGCUUACAUGUUUGGAUUCUUCUUUGGCAAGACGCCACUCAUCAAGCUGAGUCCGAAAAAGACGUGGGAAGGUUUUAUUGGCGGUGGCUUUGCGACAGUCAUCUUUGGCGUUGUAUUCUCGUACUUCCUAUGUCGAUAUCAAUAUUUCGUUUGUCCAAUUGAAUAUUCUGAAACUGCUGGAAAGAUUGUUUUGGAUUGUGAGCCAAGUUACUUGUUUCGACCACAAGAGUAUGGCAUUCGUAUUGGAAAAACUGAAACAGUUUUCACGAUGUAUCCAUUCCUAUUGCAUUCCUUAUCGCUUAGCAUUUUCAGUUCUGUUAUUGGACCAUUUGGAGGAUUCUUUGCUUCCGGCUUCAAGAGAGCUUUUAAGAUCAAAGAUUUUGGUGACAUGAUCCCUGGACAUGGCGGAAUUAUGGAUCGCUUCGAUUGUCAAUUUUUAAUGGCAACAUUUGUAAAUGUUUACAUUUCAAGCUUUAUUCGUACAGCUUCACCACAGAAACUUUUGGCUUUGGUUUACAAUUUAAAACCAGAACAACAACUUCAAUUAUUCCAUCAAUUGAAAGAUAAUCUUGAAAGUCGAAAUAUUUUAAAUAAUCUCAGUUAAAUCAACUCUAAAUGACAUUCGAGAUUUAACAGCUCAUUCAAUGAUUCGUAAUUAUAUAUCACAAACUUCAAACACAGAUUUUGGAUGAAAACAGGUCACAAUAAACAUUAAGAGUUUGUUCAUUUGUCAGCAGCUUCUUUUUGGGCCUUCCAUGCAACAUUUCGACAGUAAGUAGAUGAAGAAGAAAGCGGAUCGAUGAAAGAAACAAAAAAAAAAUUAAAGGCCAAAGUAUGUUUUAAGGUAAUUCAGUUUGUUGUUGAUCAUAAGAAUUUGUUUACAUUCGGUCAGUUAGUGAUUUGUCGAUUGUAAUCGAAAAUAAAUUUCAGGUUCAUAAUUGACGUUGAAUAAUUAACGACAACAAUCAAUCAAAACAUUUAUUUUAUCCUUUUUAAUGAAAUAUUUAUUUGUGUUGUUGUUACCUAUUUUAAUUUAUUUUGAAGGAAACAAUUUUAUGUUGUGAGCUUACCAUUAAUAAUCUGUAAUUUAGCAGUGAAUAAAUGUCUCUUAAAUGUUCUAUGGUUGUUAGUUAAAUGUAUGAACUUAACAGAACUAAACAAGAAUGAUUUUUGGGUAUUUGUAAGGUUGAAGAAUGAACAAACAUUAAGACGAGGUAAUUAAAAUAAAUUAGACUAACUAAUUCCAUUUUCAAAUUUUAUGCACUUUUAAUGCAAACAAACAACAAAAUUCUUCUCCAUUAAAAAGAAAAUCCUUAAACAUCUCUCCAGUCAUUUUACAUCAAUAUCAAAUAAUUAAAAUGAAUAAGAAAAGUUAAUAAUUCAAACUUGAAUCUAUUGAAAAUAUUUUUCCAAGCUUUUCCAUACAAUGAAGAGACCCCUGACUGAUUCACAAAUCUAUGUUGGUAAAAGUUUUGGUUUGAGUACUUUUUAUGAAAGAAGAAAACAAAAAAUUAAUUUCAAAUCAUAGCAAAAAUCAAUUUGAAGCAGGCAAAAAUAAUUUGGAAAUGCUUAAGUUAAUUGAUUAAUUAUCUGGUCUAAUCAUUUAUUGUCUAAGUUGUAAUUUAAGUGAAAAUUAAAUCAAUUCUGUCAUUCCGACAUUUCAAGUCAACUCCGAAUUUUCUUUUACAUUAUUUUUAAUUAAAACUAUGUGCAAUAAAUUUUAGUUUUAAUUCUUUUUGUUAAUUUGUUUUUUAUAAAAAAUAUUUUAUUGCUGAAUUCUUGCAUUUAAUUUAAGUAUUCUCUGUCGGUGAUUGUUGUUUGUUUCUAUCGUGUUAAAACUUUAGAAGAAAAAUCUUAUUGCACUUUAAAGGCUUAGAAUUAAAAAGAAAAUUAGGAAAAAAAUUAGAAUUUAUUAAUUUUCAUUUGAAUAUUUGAGACAGAGAAUUAAAAACAACUAAAAAGGAUAAAAAAAAAGAAAGAAAAUUAUAUAUUUAGGAUAUCUACUUACAUAAGGUUUAUUUAUCAUAUAUUCAUGUUAAAACAAUUCGUGUUUAUUAUGACAAAAGAAUAAAACCAAAAAAAGAUAAAUAAAUUUUAAUAAAUAAAAUCUUUUCGAGAUUUCCAUCUCUUA